UUCUAUAGUCAGUUGUAAACUGUUAUUGGUCAUUUCAAAUUUCAAUUCAUUCUAUAGUAAACCCGCCAAAAGAUUUAAAUUUGAUUUUGUCACUUACCAAAGGUUAAAAGUGAUUUGUAAAGUUGAUAGUUUUGUCUUUUUGACUUAGUUGCGAUAUGUUAAAUAGACGCAAAAGUAUAUGUAUUAUUAGAAAGUUAUUUUGCAAAAGAAAGCAGUAAAGUUAACAAAAACCCAAUGAAUGAAGACUUUAAAAUUCUGGUAAUCUAAGAAAUAUUUCCAAUUACUUUUUUUUGAAAUCAAAUAAAAUAAUAACGGUUAAGUAAAUCACAAAAGUUAUCGGUAAUGAAAGAAAAUUUAGAAUUGGAAGUAAAAAGUUUAAAAGAACAAGUACAAUUACUGCAGAGUGCUGUAAGUGCAAUGCAACAGGAGUCCGAAAGAAAAGAACUUUCACUUGCAAAAUUAAUGAGAGAUAAAGAGAAACUUUACAAAGAUAAGGAAAAGUUAAUCAAGGAUAAAGAAAUAUUAGCUAACAGUUUAAGAAGAGAAAAACUUUCAAGUACUGAUUUAAAAAAUCAGCUUGAAAAUGAACGGAAAUAUUAUUUUGAAGUAAAAGAAUCUUAUACCCAAGAAAUGAGCGAAGCUCGACAACUUAAAAGGAAACUUUCAAAAAGAAGUUGUCAUAUUUUAGUAAAAAAACUUGAAGAAGAGCUCGAGUCAUGUAAAUCGGAAGUAAAACAGUUAAAAGACGCUCUUCGAGAAACUUUGGAAGCGAAUUAUAAUUUAAGUAUUAGAUUUUUACGAAUGAAAACUACAAAAUCUCAGUUUAAAAAUCGACUUAGAAAAAUACAAGAGGACCGAACCAAAAUAGCUGUAGAACUAGAGUCAAGAAUAGCUUUAUUAAAUAAAGAAUUGCAUUUCGUCGUAAAUAAUGAAUUUAAAAAUUGCAUUUCUCCAAGUAAUAACCGUUAUCUUCAGAUAAUUAAGCAAAAUGGAAAUUUACUACACGAAAAUUUUUGUUUGCAAAAGGAAAUCGAAAGAAUGGGCGAGCAAUUAAAUAAAAUGCACAAUGUUUUAACAAAGUAUAAACUAAACAACAAACUAAAAUAUUAUCCGACAAAAUGCGCGGAUGUUCAAGAUCCGAUAAAUAAAACAAUAUUGAACGAGAAACAAUCGCAUUUUCGAAUAACAUCAAAGUCAACUGAACAAAGUUUAAGGCCAGAAAUCACUACUUCUACAUCUGCUUACCAUAAUGAAACGAAACAGCCAGAAUAUCACAACAUUAAUAUUUGCAACCAAAAUAAACGAAAUCGAUCCAGAAUACAUUUUAAAGAAAACAAUGAGCGAAAUUCAUUAACUGAACAAAACAAUAAAAAAAAGUACGAAGAAGUUUGCAUAAAAGACACCAAUAAAAACAAAAUAAAAAAGGUAAUAGAAAAGGAUAAAGAAAAAACUGACGAAAAGUUCAAGGAACUAAAGAAAUUCACUAUGGGGCCCUAUAAUAAAGUUUUUUUGAAGGAUCAGUCAACCUUUUCUAAAUUUCAUAUUGAGAAGAAAGCGGAUGUUAUUAGUAAAACAUGUGAUUCUGAUGGUUUAGAUUUAGUUCAAGUAUCAGAAAUUCAAUCUAAAACAACUGUAAAGACAGGAGAUUUAUCUUGUGGGAAUCCCCCCGAAUACCGUCCAAGUAUUUUCACAACACCGUUCACUAUUAACUUUUUCGUUUCUAAUAGAAGUUUUCAAACUCAAUCCUGUCCUGAUAUUUUGCACAAAUAAUACUUGUCUCCGGUAAUA